GCAGAGGAGCCCACAACAUCCAACUUCCCCCCUCCCAGCCCCAUCCACCCCAAUCACACACACACCCACACCCACCCACCCCACUCACUCAACCACCCACCCAUUCACCCUUCUUUAACGCAGUAUGCACGCUGCGCGCGGACUGCGCGAGGCGCUCGGGACAUGUGAAGCCGGCCGAACGGCGCGCGGGCAGGACGUUGCUGGACGCCGGCUGGGGGAUUAAAGAGGACAGCGGGAGAAAAGGAGAGAAAGACAAGAAGAAGCAACAGAGCAGAGAGGAGGAGGACGAGUGAAGGGGGAUACUCCACCAUGCACGCGCUGCUCUGGGCUGUGCUGUGCGUGCUGCCGGACCUGGCGCGUGCAGUGAUCCCGGCGGACUCGAGGAAAGCAGCAACGGCAGCCACUUCGCACCAGCACUUCAGCGCCUACGAAAUUGUGACUCCCGCGCGCGUGGACGAGGCCGGCGAGCCGCUGCCCGCGAGCGCGCACUUCAAACGCAAGAGGCGGAGCGUGGACGCGCCGACGGAGCACGAGCACUGGAGCACGGAGCGCGUGCACUACCGCAUCGCCGCCUUCGGCCAGGACUACCGCCUGAACUUGACGCUGGACAGCGGCUUCCUGGCGCCCGCCUACAGCGUCACGGUGCUCGGGCUGGGCGGAGGACGGAACUUCACUGAGGAAGAGGAGGAGGAAGAGGAGGAGACGGCGUAUCAGCACUGUUUUUACCGGGGACACGUGAACGCGCACGCGGAGCAUGCCGCCGUCAUCAGCCUCUGCUCCGGUCUGCUCGGCACUUUCAGGUCCUCAGAAGGGGAGUAUUUUGUGGAGCCCCUUCACAGCUACAACGGGGAAGAUUAUGCAGAAGAACACAUCAAACCUCACAUAGUCUACAGAAAAGAUGCACAGCACCAAAUGCAGAGCGCCAAAGAAGACUCGUCUCCAUGCGACUCUUCAGGUCAUGAGCAGACACAAAGGGUACAGGGGGGUGCGGAGAAGGGCGGGCCAUCUCCCAGCAUGCUGUCUGACCUGGAGGCUCUCAGCACGGGGGUUUUCUCUGGCCCCUUUCCCUCGGCGGAAAAGCAGCAGCGCCCGGCUAACGGCAGCAGUGACUCAGGACCUCACCGGAGAUCAAAGCGCUUCCUCUCCUACCCGCGCUUCGUGGAAGUCAUGGUGGUUGCCGACUCCAAGAUGGUGGAACACCACGGGAGCAGCCUUCAGCACUACAUUCUUACACUGAUGUCUAUUGUUUCCUCAAUCUACAAGGAUCCCAGCAUUGGCAACCUGAUUAACAUUGUUGUGGUGAAGCUGGUCAUCAUAAACAAUGAGCUGGAGGGUCCUGUUAUCUCCUUCAAUGCACAGUCCACUUUAAAGAACUUCUGUAUAUGGCAGCAGGGUCAGAACCACCUCGAUGACAACCACCACAGCCACCACGACACGGCCAUUCUCAUCACCAGGCAGGACAUCUGUCGAGCCCGAGACAAGUGUGAUACGUUAGGUCUUGCGGAGUUAGGCACAGUGUGUGACCCCUACAGAAGCUGCAGCAUCAGUGAAGAUAAUGGUCUCAGUACUGCUUUCACCAUUGCUCAUGAGCUCGGCCACGUGUUUAACAUGCCCCAUGACGACAGUAAUAAGUGUAAGGAGGAUGGGGUUAAGAAUCAGCAGCACGUGAUGGCCCCCACGCUCAACUACUACACCAACCCCUGGAUGUGGUCCAAAUGCAGCAGGAAGUACAUCACUGAGUUCCUCGACACAGGGUACGGGGAGUGUUUACUCGACGAGCCCGUAUCUAGGCCGUACCCGCUGCCGCAGCAGCAGCCUGGACGGAUAUACAAUGUCAAUAAGCAAUGUGAACUCAUAUUCGGGCCUGGGACACAGGUGUGCCCAUAUAUGACGCAGUGUCGAAGGCUGUGGUGCACCAGCCCAGAGGGAGCACAGCGUGGAUGCCGUACCCAGCACAUGCCCUGGGCUGAUGGAACCGACUGCGCUCCUGGAAAGCACUGCAAACAUGGUCUCUGCAUCCCCAAGGAGCAUGACUCCACGCCAGUUGAAGGAGCUUGGGGUGUUUGGAGUCCCUUCGGCUCCUGCUCACGUACCUGUGGAGGGGGUAUAAAGAUCGCCGUGCGGGACUGCAACCGACCCCUGCCCAGGAACGGGGGAAAAUACUGCGUGGGGCGAAGGAUGAAGUUCCGUUCCUGCAACUCUGAGCCGUGCUCCAAGCAGAACAAAGACUUCCGAGAGGAGCAGUGUGCCACCUUUGACGGACGCCACUUCAACAUCAACGGUCUACCUCCCAACGUGCGCUGGGUGCCCAAGUACAGCGGCAUUCUUAUGAAGGAUCGCUGUAAGCUCUUCUGCAGAGUUUCCGGCAGCACAGCCUACUAUCAGCUCAGGGACCGCGUCAUUGACGGUACUCCAUGUGGCCCCGACACCAACGACAUAUGUGUGCAGGGCCUAUGCAGGCAAGCGGGGUGUGACCAUGUUUUGAACUCCAAGGCCAGGAGAGAUAAAUGUGGAGUGUGUGGGGGAGACAACUCCUCCUGCAAGACAGUGGCAGGCACAUUCAACACUGUGAACUAUGGUUAUAAUGUCGUUGUGCGAAUCCCCAGUGGUGCUACUAACAUCGAUGUGCGACAGCACAGCUUCUCAGGAAAACCAGAGGAUGAUAACUACCUCGCCGUGGCCAACAGUCGUGGAGACUAUCUACUCAAUGGAGAUUUUGUGGUCAGCAUGUUUAAAAGGGAAAUUAAAGUGGGAAACGCCGUUAUAGAGUACAGCGGAUCUGACCACGUGAUCGAGAGACUCAACUGCACUGACCGUAUCGAGGAGGAGAUCGUAGUGCAAGUGCUAUCCGUCGGUAACCUCUACAAUCCAGACGUCAGGUAUUCCUACAACAUUCCCAUUGAGGAUAAGAGUCAGCAGUUUAUCUGGGAUGCAUACGGCCCGUGGCAGGAGUGUAGUCGCCUGUGUCAAGGAGAGCGUAAAAGGAAGAUCCUGUGCAGUCGUGAGUCAGACCGUGUGGUGGUUUCAGACCAGAGAUGCCAUGGCUCGCCUCGACCUGCUGCCAUCACAGAACAGUGCAACACAGACUGUGAACUCAGGUGGCACAUCGCCCGCAAGAGUGAGUGUACAGCUAUCUGUGGAAUUGGCUACCGCACCCUGGAAAUCUACUGUGCCAAAAACAGUCGAUCCGACAGCAAAACCCAGAAGGUCGACGACCGAUACUGCAGCAACCAGCGCAAGCCUGACGACAAGGAGGUUUGCCACGGAGACUGCAGCCCUGGAGGCUGGGAGUAUUCUCCCUGGUCAGAGUGCUCUAAAAGCUGUGGGGGUGGAACGCAACGCCGGAGCGCGGUGUGUGGAAAGUCAGCGGAGAGAAAUGCCGAUGAGAGCAAGUGCAACUCCAGAGACAAGCUCACCGUCCAGCCCUGCAACGAGUUUCUGUGUCCACAGUGGAAGACUGGGGAAUGGUCAGAGUGCCUGGUGACUUGCGGAAAAGGAUACAAGCAUCGACAGACGUGGUGUCAGUUUGGAGAGGACCGACUGGACGACCGUUUCUGUGACUCGUCUAAACCGGAGUCGGUGCAGGCAUGCCAGCAGCAGGAGUGUGCAUCCUGGCAGGUCGGCCCGUGGGGACAGUGUACCACCUCAUGUGGCCCCGGCUAUCAGCUGAGAGCAGUGAAGUGUGUGGUGGGUUCAUAUGGCGCCGUCAUGGAUGACACAGAAUGCAAUGCUGCUACACGACCGACUCACACACAGGACUGUGAGAUCUCUCAAUGUCCCAUCACCCAUCCUGUUUCUCCAGAGACAAAAAUGGUGCCUCACCCCGGUCAUAAAACUCAGUGGCGCUAUGGCUCUUGGACUCAGUGUAGCGCCACCUGUGGGAAGGGCACGCGCAUGCGCUAUGUCAGUUGUCGUGACAACCAGGGUGGCGUGGCGGAGGACUCGUCCUGUGCUCACCUGCCCAAACCCCCAGCCCGAGAGGUGUGCUCUGUGGGGGCCUGCGGUCAGUGGAAGGCCUUAGAGUGGAGUCAGUGCUCUGUUUCUUGCGGUCAGGGCAAGGCCACUCGGCAGGUGCUGUGCGUGAACUUCAGUGACCAGGACCAGGUGGUGGAUAUGAGCGAGUGUGACCCCGACGAUCGCCCUGCGACGGAGCAGGAGUGUAACAUGGCCCAGUGUCCGUCUCGCUCCAGUGACCACGGGGGCUUCCCACCCAACUCAGACGCCCGAAAAAGAACCCCGUCCUCUGGCAGAGCCGACCGGAUCCGAGGAGGGCGCUCACACCAGUGGAGGACUGGACCAUGGGGAGCGUGCUCGAGCACAUGUGCCGGGGGAUUCCAGAGGCGUGUGGUCGUUUGCCAGGAUGAGAACGGCUAUCCUGCUAACAGCUGUGAUGAGAGCAUGCAGCCCAACGAGCAGCGCUCCUGCGAGUCCGGACCCUGCCCACAGUGGGUCUACGGCAACUGGGGCGAGUGUUCGAAGCCCUGUGGUGGGGGAAUAAAGACGCGGCUGGUGGCUUGUCAGCGGCCCAACGGGGAGCGUUUUAACGACCUGAGCUGUGAAAUUUUUGUCAAACCGUCGGACCAAGAACAGUGCAACACGCAGUCCUGCUCGGCCAAUCCGCACUGGAGCACGGACCCGUGGAGCUCGUGCUCCGCCUCCUGCGGGAGGGGCUACCGGUACCGUAACGUGACCUGCGUCGGCCGCUCCAGGCAGCCAAUCGCGGAGGAGAACUGCCGCCACGUGUCCCGCCCCCAGAAGCAGAGGAGGUGCAGAGGAGGCCGCUGUCCCAAGUGGAAGACGAGUGCCUGGGGAGAGUGUUCUGCCUCGUGUGGCGCCGGGGAGCAGCGGAGAGAGGUGUUCUGUCAGAUCGGGGAUCAGCGCCGGGUGCCGGACUCAGAGUGCUCCCACCUCCCCCGCCCACCGUCCACCCAAACCUGCAGCCGGGAGGAGUGUCCCGCACGCUACAGAUGGAGUCAGACUGAGUGGCAAACGUGUAGCAAAACAUGCGGCUCUGGACGCCGUCACCGGACAGUGGUGUGUUUAGAUCACAACGAGCACGAGGUUCACGAGAUGUACUGCUCAGACCAGGGAAGACCAGGAGACAACGAACCGUGCAACACUCAACCCUGCGAGUUCAUCUGGAUCACUGGAGACUGGACUGAGUGCUCGGUCACCUGUGGACAGGGCUAUCGGCAGAGGCUGGUGUCCUGCAGUGAAGUGCAUGCUGGCGUAGAGAAUUACGAGUACGGUCACCAGGCGUCAUCCAACUGCCCUGGGACCCCUCCCGAGAGCUACAUGGCCUGCAACCUGCCCUCGUGCCCCUCUGGCCACACCUGGAGAGUGGGCAUCUGGGGACCUUGCUCCGUGAGCUGUGGCGAGGGCUGGAUGGAGCGCUCAGUGCAGUGUGUUUCAGCAGAUGGGGAACUCAGUGAUGAAUGUCCCUCCACCUCCAGGCCGGAGGGUCGUAAGCCUUGCAGUAACCCUUCCUGUCAUCUUGCCUCCAGCUGCAGGGAUGUGCAGCUCCAGACUGGUGUCGUGACGGACGGAGAGCAGGUUCUGAGUGUCCAGGGAAAAGCGCUUAAAAUCUAUUGUUCUGAGAUGGACACAGACAGUCCAAAAGAAUACAUCACUCUUACGACCGGGGAGCAUGAGAACUUCUCCGAGGUUUUUGGAUUCAGGCUGAUGGACCCCACCCAGUGCCCAACCAACCUGAGCAGAAGAGAAGACUGCCAUUGUCGGAGAGAUUACACAGCUGCUGGCCUGUCCACUUUCACCCGGGUCAGACUGGACCUCAGCAAGAUGACCAUCAUCACGACAGACUGGACGUACGCCUUCACUCACGAGGGUCACAAGGUACCUUUCGCCACUGCGGGAGACUGCUACAGCGCUGCCCGAUGUCCACAGGGUCGGUUCAGGAUCAAUCUCUCAGGAACGGGAUUUCAGGUGGCUGAGAGCACAAAGUGGAUCUCUCAAGGGAACUACGCGGUGGCCGACAUCCACAAGUCUGUGGAUGGCAGCAGAGUAACAGGAACGUGUGGUGGCUAUUGUGGAAAAUGCACUCCGUCCUCUGGCUCCGGCCUUCUCGUCCAAGUCACAUGAACCACAUAAGUAUAAGGUUUCUUCAGGACUUUCCUGGCGUUUCUCUCUCUCAGUGGUGCUAAAGGCAGUGAAGAACAGUGAAGAACCCCAACCCACC